AUGGCUUCUCCGUCAUCACGAUACCUCCUCCUCAGAGCCGGGCUGGCUUCCCUGGAUCUCACCGAGGAGACGCCCUCGCAGACCUUCCACCUCUUCGGCUCGCUGCCGCCCGAGCUGCGCGCCCAGAUAUGGAACCUUGCCGCCCUUGCCGGCUCCCCGCCCGCUGUCGUCGCGCGCGUCUUGAACAAGAAGACGAUGUCCGGCUACCGCCCCCCGCUCUACCAGCGCCUCAUGCUCAGCGACGACUCAUUCGACCUCUACCGCUCCAUGCCGGCCCUCCUCCACGUCUGCCAUGAGUCUCGCACCGAGCUGCUGAACGUCACCAGUAACCGACGGGGCUCGCGAGAGGGCCAGUUAGAGGUGCUGUAUCUGACCCGCGAGCACAAGAGGCAGGGCAAAGGCGUUUAUAUCAAUUUCGCCGUCGAUACGUUGCUGAUCUACCAAGUACCGCCCUUACCGGACAUGAAGGACGCCGACCACUUCGCCAACCUCCAGUACCUUGCGAUGGAAUGGGGCCUGCACUCGAGCUGGGACAGCUUGGAUGGCUGCCGAGCCGGCGUGCGUUUCAUCCGCAACUUCCCGCGCCUCCGGAAACUGACGCUCCUCGUCAAGUUCCUGGUCUUCAAUGAGCUGCCGCCAGGCGAACCCCGCAGAAGGCACCGCGAGAAGACGCAGAAGCGCCACGCCCUGCGCGCAAUCCUGGACGACGUCUACCACGCCAUCGACGUCAGCAUGGACGAGCGGCCCAUGACCGACGAGGGGGAGUUGUGGACGGAGCCGGAAGUGCGUGUGGUGCCCAAGACCAGGGCCUGGACGCCGCCCCGGGUCAAGGCGUGGCGCCCCUUGCCGGUGACGUGGGUUGAGCCUGAACGUAUCGUGGUCGUGAGGAUCGAUGGCCAGAAGGGGCUGGGGGAGCCGAAUAUGGACUUGUGGGAGUGUCCGUGGCAAUAUCUGCAUCCUCCAGGCCGUGCUCGUUGA